AUAGCAGAGCUUAUGAAAGGUGCCAACACCGUCCUCUCUGAUGACCUCUGCAAUCCUUUGGCAGCCCAAGAAGGCAGCAUGAUUUAAUCUGCAGACGAUCUCUCUAACAGCACCCCAGCGACGUCUGUGCUGCUGCCUUUAUGGCUGGCUCAGCGUCCCCUCUGGGGAAUUUGUAGCAUCCAGCCACUGGCAUCUCCUCCUGGCGGAAGCUCAACCAUUUGAAGAGAAGGGGAGGGAAAAAAAAAAAUCAAAAAAAACCCCAACAAAACGCGAUGAGGAUGUUUGCACAUGCUGCUCUCUGCCUCUUCGCCUGGGUGUUGUGCUGAAGGACUAGGACAUCUGCUCAGAAGGAGAGCGGCAGCGGCUGGAGCUUGCCCUGUUUGGGGGUGAAGUUCCUCCAGCGCUAUGGGGGUUUGAGUGCCUGCAGCCUCGGGGAGGGGGGGGCAGCAGCAGGGACAGAUCGAGCGUACGCAGACAGACUUGAUUAAAAUUCAAGCCUAAUGGCCUCUGGCAUAAACAAGAUUCAUCAGCCCGGGACUUGCAAUGGAUCUAAAGCCGCUCGCAGCAGCUCGGCAGAGGAAUGCAAUCAGGAAAUGCACAUGAAAAUGUGCAAGAAGAUUGCCCAGCUCACUAAGGUGAUAUAUGCCUUGAACACAAAGAAUGAUGAACAUGAGGCUAGUAUACAGGCUCUGAGAGAGGCUCAUGAAGAAGAAAUUCAGCACAUUCUUGCUGAGACAAGGGAAACGAUUCUCCAAUGUAAGAGCAAAGCUGAAGAAGAAGAAUUGCUGAGGAAACGUAUUCAGGCCCUUGAAAUUGCUGUAGAACAACACAAGAGACUGAAGGAGGAAGCCUUGGCAGAGUUAACAUUGUGCAAGAAGCAGGUGGAAGAGAGGCAGCUGACAACAGACAUGAAACAAGCACAGGCGAUCCUUCCUACAGGCACAGUAGAUACCAAUGCAGACUUUGAAAAGCUUCUACAUUUAAAUCAGGAGUCUGAUGGACUGCUAAAUGAAUGCAAAGCAUCUAGGAGAGAACAUCUAGAUAAAAAAGUAAUUUUAGAUGAAAAAUACAAUGUGGAAGGACAAGGUCUAAUGAAUGAGAUGAAAAACCUGAAGAGUGAGAACCAGAGAGCAACUGAAGACUAUACUCGGAAAACAAGCAAACUGCCAUCCUCUUAUGAGAGAGAAAAAGAGGCUUUGAAAAAGGCUAUGCAGCAGUCUGUGAUAGAAACAAAGAAGAGUUGUCAGCAGAGAGAAAUGCAGCAAAGGAAGAGCUCAGAGGCUGAGGAAGGCUUUUUGCUGCAGCAGGUAAAGAAGUUGGAGGCAGACCUAGAAGAGAAAAGCCAGAAGAUAAAUGAGAGGAAGAAGCAUUCCCAGAAGCUGAAGGAGAGAAUACAGGAACUCCAGGCACAGCUGGAGGAAUUUAAAAGAAAAUCUGAGUGUGAACUUAAGCAACUAGAGAAAGAGAAAGAAGUCCUAACUGGGAAGCUUCAGAACUCUUCACUUGAGGUGGCUCAGCUGAAGCAAAUAUUAGACCAACAAGCAAAUAAUUUCAAGGAGUCACUGAAGAAACAUAAUCUACAGUCCAACAAAGAAAAAGAGAAGCUUUUGCAGGAUCUUCAAAACACCAUUAAAGAGAACCAGAAUGUUAAACUGCAGCUGGAGGCAUCACAUCAAAAAGUCUUAAAAAUGUUGGAGAAAAGCAAAAACCAGGAACUCAAGGAGGCAGAAGAGCGUUUGAAAAAGGAGUUUAAUGAGACUUUCAAGAUCCAACAUCAGUCUCACAGGCUGGAAAUACAGACCUUGGAAGAGAAAGCAAAGAAAGAAUUACAUGAUGAACUGGAGCAGAUACAGAAACAGCAAACCCUGUUACUAGGCUCUCUGAGGAUGGAACUCUCUGAGCAACAAACAUCGUGCACUAAUCUCAAGAAACAAAUAGAAGAACUGCAAAUGGAGCUGAGGAGUGUGAGGACACUAAAGAAGCAACAGGAAGGAAGUAGCCAGAGCCAGAUCAGAUCUCUUCAUGAUGAACUGGAAAAAUGUCAGAGUGAAAUUUCCGAACUCAAGAAAGAGAAUUUACUUUUGAAGGACACAAUGGAGCUACUCAGUGCUGAGGUGGAGACACAGAAGCAAGAAGCUGCACAGCUUCAGGAUAGAGAGAAACAGCACAGAAGACUUAAAGAACUAGAAGAAAAGUCAAGAAAGUGGGAGUCCAGAUCAGAAGAUACACACCUUAUAAGCUGUCUGCAAGACAAAUUAAGUGAGAAAGAAGAAAUUAUCAAGCAGCUGGUGGAAGGAAGAAAAUUUCAGCAUUCACUUCUAGCCAACACUGAAUCUUACAGGAAUCGAUCAUUUUCUUUCAACCCCAAUACGGGCUGCUUGACUCCUUCCAUGAAGCAGCAGAAGAAAACGGCUGAGGUGCCCAGUCGUGUUGUCAGUGUGCCAAAUUUAGCUGCCUACGCAAAGAGCUUUUUGAGCUGCGAUUUGAGAUCCAAAAGAAAUGCUCCUCAAAUAACCAAAUCUACGAGCUUAGACCGGAGUCCUGGCGGCCUCAGCGUGGGCUCUCCAUCAGCACAGUCCUCAGACAGCAGCACUGCCACAAGGUAUUUGUCCGUUUUGCAGUGACUUGUAAGAUGAUACAUGGUUUUCAGAAUCUUGUAGGCAAUUCAAACACAUUAGGCAUUGGGAAAUAAACAAUGACACAAGGUUCCUGUUGUGCAGUGAACUCCAUGUCUUCAAUUCUCUGCAGAGAGACCC